AUGCCGCCGCCCGAGGGGCAUCAUGGUCCGCCCCCGGUCCCGCAUGCCUAUGAACCUGGCUCUGCCUGGCGGCCUCCAUAUGCGCCGCAUUAUGACAGUCAUGCUCACCCUCACGCCCAUCCCCAUGCUCCCGCUCCGGAACGCCGUCCCCCCACCACCCAGGCUACCCUCCCACCGCCAAACUACCCUGCCAUGCAUGGCCGCGAACUGCCACAGUUACACCUCGAUGGUCCCUACAGUCGCCCCGGCAGCUUGCCAGGGUCAGCCGGCCCUGACCCUCACGCCUCGCAACAUCCUUUUCGUCCCCCUAUGAACGGAGCCCCCCACGAAGCCUCGCCGCAUUCCGCCCCGCCAGAGUACCGUGCGCCGCGGAUAGGCUAUCAACCAGAACCUCCCGGUCCGGGCGAGACGACACCUACUUCCGGUCCUCUGCCCCCGCCCUCGCAGUUUAUGUCUCCUGCUCCAGUUUCCGCUUCUACCCCUGCACCUUACGGCCCCGACUAUUAUCAGAGCGCGGCCUAUGGACUGCGCCAGCGCAAGGCAGCCAGAGCGCAACAAGCAUGUGAUCAAUGUCGAGCGAGGAAAGCCAAGUGCGACGAGGGACGCCCAGAAUGUAGUCAUUGCAAGGAAAAUGGGUUGAAGUGUGUCUACAAAGAAGUGCCAACUCACAAACAGGAGAAAUCCAUCCAGCCUAUCAUGACCCAGCUCAUGCAUUUUAAGGAUGAGGUCUUACAAGACCUCAAGAGAAUUCAUAACGAACAGGAACACAACGCCAACCUUCUCUCGCGACUUAUCAGCGGACAUGGCUCAGCCGUGCCCGAUCAAAAUCGAUUAAGUCAAUCAGCUAUCCCAGCCCCAGCUCGUGAGCUUCCGGUGAAGAUGGAAUCGCAGGUCUUAGCGCCGAUGGAUCCGAUGACUGAGAAGAGUCCUUAUGGACAGCAGCAGAGGUUGGACCCAGCUACCGUCAGUUUCGAUGAAACGGGAAUGAAGGGGGAUAAUGAGGGCGAGCUUUCAAUUCCGCUGGAACAUACGACCGCGGCUCACAAGUUGUUGAUGUGGCCUUCAAUCAAGAAGUUGCUUAACCCCCACGACUAUGAUAAGGACUAUGUGAUGGGGUUGGAAGGACAGCGUGGUGUUACCAGUAUCUUUGAUCGCGGCGAAGACUCCUUCUCGGCCGAUGGCUCAUUCUUGCCGUGGAACCAAAGCACACCGUCGAAUGGAGACCUGAACGCUCACAUGCAAUCCGGAUUACCAAGCUGGGCAGGCUCAGCAUUACAAGACUCGGACGCAGAUAUUUCUCGAUUUGGUUUGCUGCGGUUGGAUGGGAAAACUGUCAAACGCUACUUCCAUAGCUAUCUCAACCAGAUGCACCUGCUGCAUCCUUUCCUCGACCAGAGAGAGCUCGAACUCAAAGUGGAGGCGUUUAUCCGGUGCUAUUGCCCUACCGAUGCUAACUCACUUUGCCGUGAGAAGAAGCGCAAGCGCUCAGUCGAGGAUGUGGAUGGCAGUGGCAGGGAUGGUUCAACAAAGCCACCUGUGGGAUUGAACAUAGAUUGUGCGAUUGUUUUACUGACCCUUGCCGUCGGCGCCAUUUGCGAGACCAAGUCUCCACUCCCGGGACCUGUGAUGGAGAAGGAACCUGAUUACCGACAGCAAUUCAUUCCCGGUCCAAGGCAAACCAUCCCAACCCCCGCCAAUGGCACCAACACGAUCAAUGGUUUCCUUUCUCCCGCAAACUCAGACUCCGCGCUCCCAUCGAAUACCUCUUUCUACGCCCCAUUUGAGGCGGGUAGUCAUUCUUUCCCAUCCUCAGCAACAGAGUCACGCCCCGACAAAGCGCCGAGAAGACGGUCUACCAUCCAGGAUAGCCAACCUAAGAACUACCAGGUGAUCCCAGGGCUAGCCUUGUAUGGAUAUGCCAUACAAUCCCUGGCAUUACUUCACUCUGGUAUCCAUCUGGAGCAUGUCCAAGCGAACCUGCUUGCGGGUAUCUAUGCUGGACAGCUAGCACACCCAUUCUCAAGCCAUAGCCAUAUUCAUAAGGCUGCUUGGGCGUGCCAAGUUCUUGUUGCUUCGAAGGAGUACAAAGCACUGGAAGGAGGUCCAACACAGGACCUCUUUAACUUUGUGUAUUGGACUUGUUUGCAGUUGGAGAGUGAUCUUCUGGCAGAAUUGGAUAUUCCCGCCAGUGGCAUAUCCCGCUCCGAGUCUAUGAUCCCUCUUCCGAAAGGAAGGUGGACGAUCAUACCCAUGCCGAACGACAUGAAAGAUCCUCAUGUUUUGAUGAUGAUGUUCUAUUCAGCCCAGAUUCAUCUCCGCAAAGUUCUCAACCGUGUCCAUACGGAUCUUUACAAAGUUGAAAAGGAAGGUCAAUCUCGGUGGUCAUCCAGCGUCCAAGAAGCUCUUAGUCAGAAUCUGGAUCUCUGGCGUUUCAGCCUUCCCGAUAUUAUGAUCUGGAAAGACGAGGAUCCACCUGCGAAGGAGAUCAAUGCAGCUCGAAUGCGAGCUAAGUAUUACGGAGCUCGGUACAUCAUUCACAGACCGCUAUUAUACCAUGCUCUCCAUUAUGGCGGAUCUGGUGCGCGUGUGGAUGCGGUGGGUCAAACGUCUGCUGUGGAUUCCCCCACGGGAUCAGUAGGCAAUUCACAGCCACAGCAAAUGUCUCCUUCUAUAACCAAUACCUCCAACCGGGCACAGAAUAUGACACGGAUGCUCAGCGACAUCGGUACAGUCUCAAGCAACCCUGCUGCUGCCUUCCCGAAUGGUUGGACGCCACCGACCGUCAACUUGCGAGACCUCCCUUCCAAACUUCGACGUGCCUGCAAGGUCUGCGUGGACUCUGCCAUUCUUAGUACAAAGGCCUUCGACGGCAUCGAGGAUCCGUUUGAGGCACUCAGCAACGCAUCAUUUAAAGAGGAGCCGUACAAGAACAUGCAGGACCCACUAGAGGGCCACCGUAUGGAGGAUCCAUUCACCUUGGACUCGAACUUUGCCUCUAAGGAUGAGAAGAAUCGACUUGUGGUUACUAAUAUCUUUGGUACAGCCCAUGCUCAAUUCGGAAACCUGCUCGUCCUGUCAGCAACAUACAUGUCCACCCUAUCCGAGCUCGUCGAUCGCGACGAGCUGAAAGUACUCCUCAAACGAACCAUCCGCUUCCUCCUGCGCAGUGAACACAUCUCCCCAACCCUCCGCGCUGACGCCCGCAUCUUGACGGAAAUCUACAAGAAGAUCUUCCACCAUUCCCCCACGCUGGAGAAACCCAGUACUCCUUGA